ACUGAGACAUCAUAAUUCCCAUUUGCACGCAACGCCUGCACUCAGCAGUUCCUUACCAAACUUUACGUUUCAUCUUCAGACAAAAGCACCUAAAUUUUAGCAAGAAAGAGAGCCAAAGCUUCAAGCUUUCAUUGAGAAAGAGAGAGAAAUGGAGAGAAAAGCGAUUAUUGUGUGCAGUUUCGUUGGCUUCUUGGGGCUUUUGUCAGCUGCUACUGGUUUUGGUGCAGAAGCUACAAGGAUCAAGGGUUCUGAAGUUGAUAUUAGCAAUGGUACUCAAUGUUCAUACCCCAGGAGUCCCGCUCUUGGUCUUGGUUUAACUGCAGCAGUGUCUCUUAUGAUAGCCCAAAUUACUAUAAACGUUGCCACUGGGUGUAUUUGUUGUAGACGAGGCCCUCAUCCUUCACAAUCUAAUUGGACGAUAGCUUUGGUCUGUUUCGUUGUUUCUUGGUUCACAUUUGUUAUAGCAUUUCUUUUGUUGCUUACGGGUGCAGCACUCAAUGAUCAACAUGGCGAAGAGGGUAUGUACUUUGGCACUUACUAUUGCUAUGUCGUGAAACCUGGAGUGUUUGCUGGUGGUGCUGUCCUCUCCCUUGCAAGCGUUGCCCUUGGAAUACUCUAUUAUCUCACCUUAAACUCUGUGAAGAAUACUACUUCCAAUCAAUGGGGCAACUCUUCUGGUCCUCAAGGUGGCAUAGCUAUGGGACACCCCCAAUUCCCACCGCCGACCUCCCAAGAUCCUGUUUUUGUACAUGAAGACACAUACAUGAGACGGCAACAAUACACCUGACUGGUUAAUUCUCAUUCAAACUCUUCGUAGGUUGUGGUCUUAUUGUCAGUUUCGAAAUGUUACUUGCUGAUAUACUAUGGUAGACCGGGGUUUUACUCCAACCAUGUAGAAAUUCCAGAUUUUGUGUUGAUAUCUAGCAACUGCAUAUAGUAUUAAAUUUGCAUAUAGUCGUGGAUGGUUGCUCGGCACAAAUUGCAUAUGCUUGAUUUUGAUGCUAGUGAGUCAGUGACGAUGCAGAAUCGGGUGCUGUAAGGCAGUUAAGUUCAGUAUCUUUUUUGUGAGAUUCAGGAAACUCAAUUUUAAGUUCUUGAUAUUAUAUGGAUGCAUAUUCCUUUUCAUUUAAACAAGCAAGACAAAGUUUGGGGAUGACCAAUGUUUGUUGAAUCAAAUUACCCUUUUGUGUAAGUAAGAUCUGUAAAUGUUGCCCAGCUACUGCAAGAACUUCGUGAUUUCCUUUUGUAUUGCGGAUGCUUUUACCCAUA